AUGAGAAAAAACACAUAUCAAGUACUAUCUACAUAGUUAAUAAGAUUCAAUUUAGAAAUGGUGAAACUGUUUCAUCUGAAGGAUUUUUAGAAAGUGAAAAUAAAAUUUAGAGAGUGAAUUACAUAUUUCUUCUUUCUUUAAGAGCAAUUAAAGAAAACAUCUUCUACUUUUUACUUCUGAUACUAUAAGCAUUUUCUUCUUUACCUUUAUAUUUUUUGGCGAUUCCUUUAAUUUUACAAUAAUGGAUUAUAGAUUUACAUAAUUGUUUAAAAAUAAGAAACAUGGAUAAAAUGUUAAAAGAGUAAGAGGCCAAAAUUAUAAAGUAGUGGGAUGAUUGCAUAGUUAAUAAGGAGAUAAUCUCUAAAAUUAAGGAAAGAUUAGAUUAGAAAGAUUAAAGUGAGAGUAAUAUGAGAUUAAAGAGUAAGUCUUAAUUUGAAAAGAAUUCAUAAAAUAAGAAAAUUGAGUAUGGUCAAAGUUUAAAGAAAGGAAUGUCCAGAUCAAUUAUAUGUAAUAGAAAUUAUUUAUUCAUUUUAGCAAAUGAUUCAAUACCCUUUUAAUAAAUACAAUACAAAUAACCAUAAAGUAACAAAACCCUUAAAGCAAAUGACAAUAUAAACAAAUAUAAUUAGAUGAGUCCAUUGAUUUAUAAAGAUUUGGCUUUGAAAUUACAAUAAAUUUAAAUUAUGGAAACUGAUCCAUUGAUCAUUCAAUUUAAAAAGAUGGUUCCUAGCAUAUUUCCUAAAGAUUUGAUUCAAACAACAACCAAAAUACAAUUAAAUGAGAAAUUGAAAAAAAUGGAGAAGGAUAAAAUGAAUUUAAUUAAAUCUUAAAAUGCUGAAGAGAUCAAAAUUGGUGAUGUUAUUUUAUUAUAAAGAAAUGAAAUAGCACCAUGUGAUAUAAUUGUAUUAUAUUGUAAUGAUGAAAAUUUUUGUGUUUAAUAAUAGUUAUGCGAUUAUUCUUAAUUUACUGUGAGAAAACCAGUAGUUUAGAAUAGAUGUAAAAAUUAAAUGUUAAAUUAUAGCUGAUUCAUAAACUUUGGCUUAAUUUAAGAAAUCUUUAACUGGAAAUAUAGUAUAUUCUGAACAAAAUUCUUAGAUCAAAGGUUUUUUUUAAUUAAAGAAAGAUCCAUAAUCUAAAAUGCUUGGAUUUGAUAAUUUUAUUUUCUGUUAAGAGAGAUUAUUAGCAACACCUUGGAUUUUAGGAAUUGUAGUAAAAGUAGGUAAAGGUUGUUUUUGUUUUACAAAAUUAUAAGGAAAAUUAAGAUUUGAUAAUAAUUAGUAUAUUGGAUUUUAUUUAACAAUUUGUGUAAUCAUGAUUGUAAAUAUUUAUAAAUAAUUUAGAUUUAAAUAAUAGCAUUUAAUUAGAAUGAAUAUUUGAAUGAAUUAAGAUCUAUAACAUAUAUUGUAAUUGAUAAUUGCAUCUAUUUAAUUUUGAUGGUUCCUCAUUUCUUUAAGAUAUAUUAUAAUAUUUGUAGUUUAUUUUAGUUAAAAAUAAUUGGUACUAUUGAUUAAAAAUAAAUAAUGUCAUGUCAUAUUGAUAGAUAUUUGGAAAAGUAAUAUCUUACUGUUAGUGUAGAAGCAUUUAUAGAAUAGUCUUUUAAAUUGAAACGUAUAAUUUAUAAUAGUUAAUAUUGUGAUUUUGAAGAAUAAUAAUUCUUACAUUUUUUGACAACAGCUGAAAAUGGUUUAAAUAAAUAAGAUUUAGGUAAGAAUAUUCAUUUAAUAUUUUUAGAUUAAAUGAAUUAUUAAUUAAAUUCUUAAGUCUUAAAUUAUGAAAUGUAGAGUUAAAGUUCAGAGAUUUUGUUUAGUUAAAGAGAAUGUAUUGUUAAUUAAAUUCCAAAAUCAGUUGAGGGUAGGUUUAUACAUUAUUAUUAAUAAGAUUAUAAAGAUGAUUUGAAUUUAAAUUAAGCAUAAUUUAUAUUUUAAGAUAAAAUUUAGAAUGAUAAAGAUUUAUUUGAAAAUUAAGAAAUAGGUGAUAAUCUUACAGCUUAAAGAUAAUCUAAUUAAUAAAAAAGUUCAAAAAUAUAUUAAUCAUCUAAAGAGUAAAGUAAAUAAGAUAAAUAUCUAAUUGAUGAAAAUACUUUAUAUAAAUGUAUGAUUUAGAAUAAUUCAAAAUAUGAACUCAAUCCAUUAUUUUUAUAAUUAGCAAUGAAUCAUCUUGCAUUUUCAAAAUUAUUGAUUACUGAAAAAAAAGAAUAAAAAGUUAAAAAUAAAUAUCUAAGCUUACUUGAUUAAAAGUAAGUCAAUAUGGCUAAAAUGAUGGGUUAUGAAUUCAUUUGUGUAAAUAAUGUUUAGUAAUAUAUUAUUUAUAUCAAAUAGGUAAUAAUAACAUUAUAUUAUCUAAAUAAACAAAGAGUUAUAUUAAUUUAAAUUAGUUAAUACUAAAUUGCAUAUCCAAAAUCAAAGAUUAUAUAUGUUAUUUGAAAUGGAUGAUUAAUCUUAUGAAUCUGAUUAAUAAUUCAUUUUAUUCUUAAGAGAAGCUAAUGUAAGGAAAAAUGAGAGUAUUGAAGAUAAGGUAUUGAAACAUUAAUCAGAAACUUUACAUUACAUAUACUAUUACUAUUGUUUUUUGAGUUAAGAAGAAGCUAAUUUAUAUUUAUCUUCUGCUGAAAGUAAUACAACAGAUAAUCAAUUAUAUACACUUAUGGAAUAAUUACUUAAAUUGAAUAUUAUUUUUGGUUUGAGUUAUGAGUUAAAAUAGGAUUGUCAAGAUUUUAUGAAGAAUAUUAGAAAAUCAGAUUAUUAAUUAUUCAUUUAUACUUAAAAUUAAUAGAUUUCAGCAACCUCUAUAUUAUAUUAAACUGAAUUAUUAUAAUAAAAUGAUUUAAUCUUUCAUUUUAAUUAAUCAAAUGAAGAAGAUUUGAGAGCCUACUUUAAAUAAUGUUUAGAAGAAUUUUCUAAUUAAUUUUCACAUGCUAGUAUCAAUAGUUCAAGAUAUAUCAAAAUAUCUAAUUAUAGUAUGUAAAAAUCAACUGAAAUGGAUCAUAUAGUAGAAAAAUCAAAAACAAAAAAAGUUGUUGUUAUUUUAAAUAAUUCUACUUGUUAAUAAAUAAUGGACAAUAUAUAUUUUUAAAAUCAUUUAAAAUUAUUACUUAAUUUUACUAAAGUAUUAUUUUUGUACUAAGCAACUUAAGAUUAAUUAAAUAUUAUUUAAGAAUUAUGGUGUACAUCAAAUAAAACAAUUAAUUUAAUAUAUGAAAAUUAAAGUUUAUUAAGAUGUGUAAAUGGAUGUUAACUAUAAAUAUUAUAAUUAUAAUAAUUUAGCUAGUUUAGAAAUUAAAAAUUUGGUAGAGUAGAUAAAAACAAUUUCUUUACAAAAUUAAGAUUAUCUUUGAGAUAAAGACUUAUUUAUGAAAAAUGUUAUUUUAAUGAAUUGUAAAUUAAUUCAAAUACAGAUGUAAUUAUUUAAGGUUUUAAAGAAUUGGAUAGAUUAUUAUUUUUUUAAAGUCCUUUAUUAAAAAUAUUGUUUAGAUCAUUAUAGUAAUAAACUAUCUAUAAAACAAUAACAUUUAUAUCUUAUUUUACUUUUGCUUCAAUCCUUUACACAUGGAAUACUUUAGAUUAAUAGAAUUAUUUGGUAUAAAUUAUAUUCUAUUUUUAUAUUUACUAAUUCUUUUUAUUUAGUAUCUAACAUUAUUAAUUUCUUGAUGAAUCAAAAAAAUUAAAAUAUAAUCGAGAUUAAUCUCUUUUACUUUAAAAAUAUUCUAAACAUAAAUCUGAAACUGAAAUAUAGAUAUUAAUAAUAAUUAAGAAUAUUUUAUAAGGAAUACUCAUUUCAUGUAUAUUCUUAUAUGAUAUUUAUCAAAAAGAAUUUUAUUUAUUCAUAUUUAUAUCAAUUAGUAUAAGCGAUUGGCUUUAUCUAAUAAUCAAUUUUGAAUGGAAAUUAAAAAUAAUAGUCUCUAGCAUUUUUUCACUUCUCUUUUAUAUAUACACUUUAAUAGAUUCUACAUAUAAUGAUGAAUGGUAAACUCAAAUAAAUACAUAAGAAAUCUUUUCAAUUAUUUUAGGAGUCUCAUUUAUGUUAAUUACUAAUAUAUUAUCUGAAUAUCUAUAAAAUUAUAGUUUAAAUGAUCUUCCUAAAAGAGAAGAAGAAUUUUUGUCUUAUUUAAAUUAUAUUCAUCUAAUUAGUGCACCUGCAUAAAAAAAAAAAUCUGUUACUAUUUUGUAAAAUAAAGUAAAUGAUCUCUUUGAUAACAUAGAGCAAGUGGAUUUGAGCAUCCAAAAAUGUAUUUACUUAUUAUAAAUUUUUUAGUAUUAUUAAAUGAACAAAAUUAUUAAAGUAGAUUUGGUUAAUGGACAUAAUAAAUUUUUCAUAAGGCAUAAACUAUUUUAAAAUGGAAAUAAAAAUAAACUAUUUAAUGUCUAUAAUUACUAUUUUAUAAUUGUACAUUUUUACUCAUUAUGUAUUUUUAUCAAGAUUACAAUUAUUUCUUUUUAGUAGAUUAUUUGAUAAUUUUUGGACUUCAAUCAAUUGUGUUUAUUUUAUUUACAUUUAUUCAAUUACCAACAAAUAGAUAACAAUAUCUAGAGUAUGCCAAAUUUAUUAUUGCAACAGCAUCAACAAUUUCUAUUCUUUUCACAUCAAAUAAUUCUAAUCAUAUUGGAUCUACUUUAUUUAUGUAGUAUUUUAUUACUUAUUAAUUAUCUAUCAAAUUUCAUCCAAUUUAUGAUUACAGAAUGUAUUUGGGAUCAUCCUUAAUAACAAUAAUUGGUUAUAUAAUUUGGUAUAUAAUAGAAAAUGAAUAUAAUGUUUCAUUCAUUAUUUCUAUCUUGUAAUUUAUUGUUUUGUUUUCAACAUCUCAAUAUUUUGUGAAGAGCUAUGUAAUAAUAUUAUUAUUAUAAAAUAUAGUAUAUAUUAUUAGAAGAAGAUUAGGCUUAAAAUAAAUUAAAUUUCAUUGAGUAAAAUAAUAAAAUUAAUGAUAUACUUGGAAUUUUGUUACCAAAAUUUAUAAGAGAUAGAUUAAAUGAAAGUAUAUUAUGUUAAAUUAAUAAUUAUAGCUGAUUAAUAUAACAUUCAUUAAAACUAAGGGUUAGUAGCAAUUGUAUUUUGUGAUAUUUGUAAUUUUGAUUAAAUGGUCAUAGAAGAAAAAGAUAAAAUUAUUCCAUUUUUGGAUGAUAUUUUUAGAACUUUUGAUAAAUUCUGUUAAAUUUAUGGAGUUUAAAAAAUAGAAACAGUUGGAAAAACUUAUUUGGCUUCAGCUGGAUUAAAGGCUUGUGAAUAAGAAUUAACAUAUUUGUCUUAGGUUGACCCUGUUUAAAGAGCAUUAAAUUUGGCUGAAUAAAUGAUGAAUUAUAUAAGAUCAAAAUAGUAAGAAUUUAUUAUAAUUAUUAAGAUGGGGUACUUAAGGUUAAUAAUUAAUUGGGAAAAUAGGAAUUCAUUAUGGAGGAGCAAUUAGUGGAGUUAUAGGUUAUCAUAAACCUUAAUUUUCAUUAAUUGGUGAUACUGUUAAUACUACAAGUAGAGUAUGCUCAACAGGAUUAGAGGAUACAAUAACUUUAUCAGAAUAAGCAUUUGAUUAAAUUAAAAAUGAAAAUAUUGAAUUUGAAAUUAGAAAUAUAGAAAUGAAAGGUUUGGGUAUUAGACCAACUUAUAUAUUUAAAUGUAAGAUAUAAAAUAAAGAUAAUACUUAUCCCAUGCAAUACGAGCAGGAUUUAUAAAGUAGGGAUGCAAGAAGCAACUAUGUUGUAAGAAAGAAUCCUGAAUUAUUGAAAAAAAACUUAAAGAAAAGAAAAACUAUAUUGACUUAAAUAGAUACUAUGAAUCAAAAAAGAGAAUUAAUAUAAGAUAAAGGCACUCAUAAUGUGUUUGGUAUCAAACCUACUGAUCCUGCGAUUUAUUAAUCUUAUGAUGAGAAAUCAGAAUAAUCAAUUCAAUUAUUAUCAAAACAAGGUACUGAAGAUAAAUAGAAAAAAUAAUAAUCUUUAUAAUUACCAAGUACAUUUAAGAGAUUAGUAACAAUGUUGUAGAAUAGAUUUCAAUUAGAAAAUUAUGAACCAGAAAUCGAUGAAAUGAUAGAUUAUGAAUAAUUAUUGGUAUCGUUUAUGUAAUUAAUUAGAGAAUGUUAUUUUAUUAAAGAAUGAAUAUACUUUAGAACAUAACUUAAUAAAAGAAAUAUCAUUUCUUUAAUUAUUAGAGAUUUCUUAUUAUAAGAAACAAAUGAAUUAGUUUAUAAGUUAUGAUUAAUAUAUGGAAUUUGUGAAAUUUUAAUCUAAGAAUCAAACAAUUUAUAAUUUAAGGUUGUAUACCUUAUAUUAUAUGAUUAAAUAAUUUUGUUAGAUAUAAUUCUACAAUGAUUAUAAUAUAAUAGUUAUUGUAUUAUAAUGGUUUUGCUGCAUAUUAAACUUAAUUCAAUUUUUAAUAAAUAGGAAACCCUAUUUUAAUAAAUGGAAGAUACUAAUACAAAUUUUAUUAUUUUGUUAAGUUUUAUUAGCAGGGAUAGUUAUUGUUUUAGAAGAGAGUAAUGAAUUAAAAAAUGUUCAUGUAUAUGAAAUCAUUUUCAUUUAAUGUAUAUUUUGUAGUGUAUAGAUUCUAAGUUUUUGGGUAAAAGUUUUAUUUUGUUUUUUCAACUUUUUUUACUCAAUAAUAAUCAUUAGUAUUGAUGGAACAUAAUUAAUUAGCAUAUUUUUUUUAUUCGUUAGCUCAAUGUAUAAUUUAACUUUGAUAUUAUUCAUUGAACAAUAAUAAGUAGGUUGUUUUAAUUAAAAACAUAUUUUUAAAACUCAACAGUAAAAAGAAUCAUAACUGCUAUAGUAUUUAUUACCAAAACAUAUUUUAAAUAAAUUUUUGGAUGAUAGAAUUAAUAAUAUAGGAAUUUGUGAUAAAUUAGAUAAGUUAACAAUUUUAUUUGCUGACAUUGCUGGUUUUACUGAAUAUUCAAGUAAAGUUAAACCAGAAGAAGUAUUAAUUAUGUUAAAAAAUUUGUUUGUGGAAUUUGAUCGAAAAUGUUGUGAAUUAAAUGUCUAUAAAUUAUAUACAAUAGGAGAUUGUUAUGUUGCAAUUGGCAUGAUUGAUUAUAAUAAUAGAAAUCCUUAUUAAGAAGCAAAGAAUAUAGUAGAUUUAGCUUUUGAGAUGAUUAAAAUUAUAACUUAAGUAAGAAAAUAAAUUAAUUUUGAUGGCUUAAAUAUGAGAAUAGGAAUUCACACUGGAUCUGUUUUUGGAGGAGUAAUGGGCACUGAUAUUGUGAGAUAUGAUAUCUAUGGUCCAGAUGUGCUUAUUGCAAAUAAAAUGGAAUCAAAUGGAGUUAAAGGUUUUGUGCAUGUUAGUUAAGAAACUAAAGCAUACUUAGAAUAAGAUUAUGAUGAUCUUUUUAAUUUUGAAUUGCAUACAACAAUAGAUCUUAAAACAAUUAAAAGAUAGAUUGAAGGAUUUCUAGUAUAUAAAUUAGAAUAAGAUCAUUUUCCAGAAGAAGAAGAUUAAUUUUUAAGUUCCUGA